AUGUAUAUGUUCCGUUCGCAAAGCCCCUCCCAUGUCCCACGUCGAGGGGCUCCUGGCGACACAAGCAGGGAUCGGUCUUUAUUACGUUCGGGGCAAGCCUCACCGGCACAUGUAGUAGCUGCCGAAUCUAGUACUACGUCUAGACUUUCGUCUCCUGCUCUUCAUCCCGAGGGCAAAGGGCUGGCUCCUCUUCGAAGCCGCAGUCGAUCACCCACUCGCCCAUCACUCUCCCACCGUCCUUCGGGGCCACCGUCCCGCUCUCCGUUCCGAAAUCAGAACCCAGAGAUUGGAUGUGCUGCUGGUGCUGGAAAGGAGCAAGAUGAUUCGGGCCAUUCGCUUGAAAAAGAAGUGUCGGAACAACGGCAAAUGGGCGGUGCCCGAUUUAGUGGCAGCAUUCCAACUCAACCGAGGAGCCUGGCCAUGAACCAUUCCCCGCCUUCUGUCCCAUAUCAAGGUCCGAAAGUGGCACCUCCACAGUACCGUGGAUCUCACAAUAUGUCUUUGCUGUCUGCACCGACACGCCCGCGGCGGGGACACGGUGCUCGGGAGGGACCUUGGAUAGGAAUGCCGAUAGGCCGUGGUCGCGGACCACCCCCAGCCGCAUCACAUAAUGCUCCCUCGGGGCCCCGGGCUUCAUUCACACCUCCAAUGCCUACGGGAGGAGGCUAUCGCCAUCCUGGUUCUCGCCAAAAUAGCUCCACAUCUGCUGCCUCGUCGCCGGCGCCCAGGGGUCCGAAUCACCUUGCAGGUCUAGGGUCUGUCAUCCCCGGUGGCAGGGCUCUACCCUCUCCCUUGGAUACGGCGACUGAAAAGCGGCUGUCUCAACUCGAGGUCGACAGAGAGAAAUUGCUUGAGCAGAUGGCGGAGACCCAGCGAUCGAAGAGAGCAGGGCUCCGUGACUGGGACCGAUUGGAUCGCGAAAGCUCAAUCUGCGCUCUUAAAAGCGAAUUGGCGGAGGGACAUCUGCAGCGAAUGGCUGAUGAGAGCAUUGGAGGUGGAGUUUUGUUCUGA